AUGCAAAUUUAUAAGACUGUUUUGCUAAACGAUUUCAAUAAAACUUUAAGAGAAUUUAUUAUUUCAAUAAAAAAAAUCCAAAAAGUUUAUAUUAAAAAAGAUCGCAGCAAAUGCAAAGUAUUUGGCUUUUCAAGACAAGGAACUUUAUUCAAAUUAGAUCCUAGCCUACUAAAUAUUGAUAUUGCAGAUAUCAAACAUGAAUUUACAAAACUUUAUCUUGAGAAAUUUUUAAAGUUUAUUAUUAUUCAAGCUCCGAGUAAAAGUUUUAAAAGACCAAAAAAAUUUGUUGAUCAACGAUUCAUUAUAUACUUGCCAAAAUUUAUUUCAAGUGAUAGACUACAAAAUAAGCAUAUUGAUAUUAUAUCCUUACCAACAACAAUUAUGUUUUUCGAUGAUUCCCAAUUAGAUUUGUUGGAUGAGAAUUAUAAUUGGAGGAAUUUAAAAAAUACAACCCACAUAGAUUUUGUUCAAGGAUUUUUGACUCAGUUUGUACAGGUUUAUCCAUUUAUUGAAUUGACCAAAUCAUGGGAUAUUCGAACCCAACAAACAUUAGAAAUAUCUAGUUUGAGAUGCUUUAGAAAAAAAAAAAAAUUAAAUCAAUGCUUAAAUUCGUUUAUCACUCAAAGACAGGCGUUAACCUUGAUAAAGAUAUCAAUUAAUUUGGCAAAUGCAUUAGAUGAAAAUGUUGAGUGGAAAAACAACUGUAAAGGAGAUCUGAUCUUAUUUGAUUCUCUUUGUGGGAAUAAUAUUAUUAAAAUUAAAAAUGAGUUAAAAUUUAUUAAAAGAAUUGAAACUGCUUAUGGCUUGUUUUUUACCUUUUUACUUUUCCUGAUUUUACUUAGACUUAUUUUCAUAUUAUAA